AGUAGGUGGGCAUUUUUUUUGCUCACCAUUGAGAGUGGUCUUGUUAAGUAUUAACAAAAUGGAAUAAAAACACUUUAUUUAUCAAUUUUUUUUUAUAUAAGGACCUUUAUCAUAAAUUCGACCAUUUAAAAGGAUGUUUCUGUCAAAUUUCCACAAAAUAAUUAAAAAAAUAAAAAUUUUAAGUCAAUUUUAUUUUAUCUUUUGGCUAUAGUUUUUUUUUUAGGCAAUCUUUUGUGUACAGUUGACCAUGUCAUCUCGUACAUAUCCUCUUAACUUUUUUCAAAUCUUGUAAAAAUUAAAUUAAACUAAAUUUAAAAAAUAAAAUAAAAUUAUACCAACCACCGUCUUCCCCGCCGGCACGUCAUUGUCUGUAAAUCGCCGCAUCUCACCACCCUUCUUCCCUUUCUCUCUCCUCCUUUCACAUCUCCAUUUCUCUCUCCUCCUUUUUUCAAACAAUUCUAUCCAAAAAUUAUCACCCAUUUAUAUUGAAAUAUAUGAACAUACCAUUUUAGUCAUAGUUCAAUCUGAUCUUAUUCACAGAUCUCUUAAUUUAUUGAAUCAAAUUUCUGGGAUUUGAUUGAUUUGAUUGUUAAUUUCUGGGUUAAUUUCAAUCAACAAGAAAUGGGUAAUGCAAAUGGAAGAGAAGAAGAAGGUGGAGGUAAUAUUAAUAUUGGCAAUGUACAUGAUUAUCUUACUACGAACACGAACCCAAUUACAGUUGGUCGAAUUACUUCUUCAGAUUCAAUGGGUGGUAAUACACCCCCUGAAAGUCCUCGUCGUUCGGUUUCGCCUCUUUUGUUUACUCCUCAGCUUCCUGUGGCUCCUUUGCAAAGGGAUGAUGGCGCUAUAUUUCAUAAUGAUAUGAGGACAGAGAGGCUUGGAGCUGUUGAUCAGCCUCCUGAGAAAGGAAUUCCUGCGGUGAUCACUUGGAGUCUUGGUGGCAAUAAUGUUGCCGUGGAAGGAUCGUGGGACAACUGGAUAUCAAGGAAGAUUCUGCGAAGAUCAGGCAAGGAUCAUGCUGUUCUUUUAGUUCUACCAUCCGGCAUUUAUCAUUACAAAUUUAUUGUUGAUGGUGAGGCACAAUAUUCACCAGAUCUGCCCCAUGUUUCUACUGAGAUGGGACAUGUUUGUAAUGUCCUUAAUGUUCAUGAUUAUGUACCGGAAAAUCUAGACAGUGUAGCUGAAUUUGAGGCACCAGCAUCACCAGAGUCAAGUUACAAUCGUGAAUUUCCAGGAGAAGAUGAUUUUGCAAAGGAGCCAAUGAUAGUACCACCGCAGCUACAGCUAACAGUCCUUGGUGUUGAAAGUUCAGAUGAAGCACCCUUUUUGAGGCCCCAGCAUGUCGUGUUGAACCACCUUUUUAUAGAAAAAGGUUGGGCUGCUUCUCAGUCUAUGGUUGCGCUUGGUCUGACCCAUAGGUUUCAGUCAAAAUAUGUUACUGUUCUCCUAUAUAAGCCAGUAAGAAGGUAAAGAUGGCCAAUUGUUUUUCCUGUUUUUUUAAAAUUCUGUUUGUUGGAUCCCUAUCAUAUCUGUUUCUUUUUCUGGCUUUUCCCUCUCCCCCUCGUUUUUCUCUUUGGAUGGGUGUAGUCAAUAUACCCAUCACCAUGUAAGUAAAUGAACGUGUGAAAGUUAAACUGUUAAUAGUUGAACCCAUACAAAUCUCAACCUUAGUCUUUUGUUCUCUUUCCUUGCGGAAAGACAAAGUAGCGAGCAACCAGUGUUUUAUGCAACUGAGUCAAUAAGUUUCA